AUGUGCGUGCAGUGCCGGGCGACGGCUGCGGGCGCCGCUGUUCACCACGGAGCAGAGGAAGGAGCGGAGCGCUGCAGCCAGCCCCGCCCGCUGCGGCCCGGCUCGCUCGCUCGCUCGCUGUGUCGGCGGCCGGGCGGGCUGCGGGCGGCUCCGCGGUGCGGAGCAGAGCUGCAGCGAGGCGGAGGGGACGGAACCGGGGACGGGAACCGAAGCGGGAGCGACAGUCUGAUCCGGAGACGGAAGCGAAGAGUCGGGGCGGUGGCGGGGAGCUGUCGGCGGGCGUCCGGUGGCGGCGGGGCCGUGGCGGAGAUGUGCGCGGCGAGAGAAGGGCGCUGGGGCCGGAGGCAGCGAGCGCUGCUGUGCUGCGCGUUGGUGGCGGCGUUGGAGGCGGCGUGGGGGCAGCUGCGCUACUCGGUGUCCGAGGAGCUGCCUAAGGGCUCUUUCGUGGGCGACGUGGCCAAGGACCUGGCGCUGCAGCUGGCGGCGCUCCGCGACCGCGGCGCCCGAGUGGUGUCGGCAGAUAGGACGCGGUAUUUCGCUCUGCAUGCGAACAGCGGCCACCUGGUGACAGCGGAGAGGCUAGACAGAGAGCAGCUGUGCCGGUUGGUGGAGCGCUGCGUGCUGCGCUGUGAGGUGAUCGUGGAGGGUGAGAUGAAGGUCUACGAGAUCGAAGUGGAAAUCACAGACAUUAACGACAACGCGCCCAGCUUCCGAGAGUCCGAAAUGCAAUUGCGAAUGAGUGAGACGACAGCUCUUGGGUCCCGCUUUCCCCUGGCUGAUGCUCACGACCCGGACGUGGGAGUGAAUUCCCUGCAGAGCUACGAGCUGAGCGGCGACGAGCACUUCUCGCUGUCCGUGCAGGCGGGAGCCGACGGCGAGAAGCGUCCCGAGCUGGUGCUGGCCAAGGCGCUGGACCGGGAGGAGGCGGCGUUUCACGAGCUGGUGCUGAGGGCGAGCGACGGCGGCGAGCCGUCGCGGACGGGCACGGCGCUCAUCCGCGUGUCUGUGCUGGACGCCAAUGACAACGCGCCCGUGUUCAGCCAGGCGGUGUACGCGGUUCGCGUGCCUGAGGACGUGCCCGUGGGCUCCACGCUCCUCACCCUCACGGCCACCGACGCCGACGAGGGAUUCAACGGCUACGUGAAAUACUCGCUUAAAAAGGCGACGGACCUGGCAUCGGAAAUCUUCCACCUGGAUCCCGAGACGGGAUCGAUCAGGCUGGUGAGGAGCCUGGACUUCGAGGAAGGCGACUCCUACGAAAUGGAGGUGCAAGCACACGAUGGUGGUGGCCUUUUUGACACGUCUACGGUCUCAGUCUCGGUGACGGACGUAAACGACAACGCGCCCGAGAUUUCGGUGAGGUCGGCGCUGAGCGAGAUCUCAGAGGACGCGCCGUCGGGGGCGGUGGUGGCCUUGCUGCACGUGCAGGACCGGGACUCGGGCGCCAACGGCGAGGUGCGGUGCUCGCUGGUCGGCGACGUGCCGUUCCGCCUGCGGAGCUCGGUGGGCAGCUACUAUAGUGUGGUGACGGCGCGGGAGCUGGACCGGGAGGAGGUGUCGGAGUACAACGUGACGGUGCGGGCGGCGGACGGCGGGUCGCCGUCGCUGCGGAGCAGCGCGGUGCUGGCGCUGCGCGUGCUGGACGUGAACGACAACGCGCCGGUGUUCGCGGAGGCGCGCUACAGCGCCCGUCUGGCCGAGAACAACGCCGAGGGCGCGCUGGUGCUGACGGUGCGGGCGUGGGACGCGGACUGGGGGCAGAACGCGCGCGUGCGGUACCGGCUGGCGGAGGGGCGUGUGCGGGGCGCGCCGCUCUCGUCGUACGUGUCGGUGCAGGCGGAGACGGGCGCGCUGUACGCGCUGCGCUCCUUCGACUACGAGGAGGUGCGCGAGGUGGGGCUGUGGGUGCGGGCGGAGGACGGCGGCGCGCCGGCGCUGAGCAGCAACGUGUCGGUGCGGCUGCUGAUCGUGGACGAGAACGACAACGCGCCGCAGGUGCUGUACCCGCCGGCGGCGGCGGCGGGGGCGGCGGCGGGCGCGGUCUGGACGGGCGUGGAGCUGGCGCCGCGCUCGGCGGAGCCCGGCGCGCUGGUGGCCAAGGUGGUGGCGGUGGACGCGGACGCGGGGCAGAACGCGUGGCUGUCCUACGAGCUGGCCAAGGCGACGGAGCCGGGGCUCUUCCGCGUGGGGCUGCACAGCGGCGAGGUGCGCACGGCGCGCUCGCCGCUGGCCCGCGACGCGCCCAGGCACAGCCUGGUGGUGGUGGUGAAGGACCAGGGCCGGCCGGCGCUGUCGGCCACGGCCACGCUGACGGUGGUGCUGGCCGAGAGCGUGGCCGAGCUGCUCUCGGAGCUGGGCAGCGCGGCGGCGCCGGCCGAGCCCGCCGGCAGCCUGACGCGCUGGCUGGUGCUGGCCGUGGCGGCCGUGUCCUGCCUCUUCCUCGCCUUCCUGCUGCUGCUGCUGGCGCUGCGCCUGCGGCGCUGGCGCCGCUCGCAGCUGCUGCCGCCGGCCAGCGGCGCCUUGCGCGGCGUCCCGGCCUCGCACUUCGUGGGCAUCGACGGCGUCCGCGCCUUCCUGCACUCCUACUCGCACGAGGUGUCGCUCACCGCCGACUCGCGCAAGAGCCAGCGGCGCUGGGCGGCCGACAGCUGCUGCAACACCCUCCCGGCCCGGCCGCCGCCCGACAAGGCCGCGCCGCUGCUCGGGGAAGACGCUGCCGGCGCCCGCGGCGCACAGCCCGACGCCCUCCCGAUCAAGAGUAUGAAGAUUAAAGAGAAAUAUACCUCCCUUCUUGAUAUUUGUUGA